AAACCAAUUAAUAGUCAAAGUGGUUGUUCUUAAAUUACCUACUUAGUUAGUUGAGUUUUUACUACUUUUUUAUUCAUCAUAAUUUAUUUAUCUACAGGUUUUAAGUUGGAUUAACACAAUUUUAUUUUAUUAGUAUUAAGUUAGCCUAUAGCUUAUUUAUAAACUGAAUUGUUCAUUCUCAUUGUCGGUUGGAUCAAGGCGUGGAUUUUGGAUUACCUAGGCCUAUUUUUAAGUUUUACAUUGCAUUAUGAUUUUUGAAGCCCAUAGUAUUAAUGCCGAACACAAGGACCUAAUACAUGAUGUUGCUUAUGAUUUCUAUGGCCAAAGAAUGGCUACGUGUUCUAGUGACCAAUUUGUAAAGGUUUGGGACAAAGACGAGCAUGACAACUGGGUGUUAACUGCCACAUGGAAGGCUCACAGCGGGUCAGUUUGGAAAGUCACCUGGGCUCAUCCAGAAUUCGGCCAAGUUCUUGCCACUUGCAGUUUUGAUAGGACUGGCGCUAUAUGGGAGGAAAUCGUUGGUGAAGGCACCACCCCGGGGGAGCGAGGACUUCGUCACUGGGUGCGCAGAACUAAUCUAGUGGACUCACGCACGUCAGUGACAGACGUCAAGUUCGGGCCUAAGUCGCUGGGACUCGUGCUGGCGACAUGUUCGGUUGACGGGGUCAUUCGCAUCUACGAGGCACCGGAUGUGAUGAACCUCAGUCAGUGGACUCUCCAGCAUGAGGUCUCCUGCAAACUACCUGCCAGUUGUCUCACGUGGAGUCCGUCCUUCUCCAGACGUCAUCCACCCAUGAUAGCCGUCGGAAGUGACGAUAGCAAUCCAAACACCGGUAGUAAAGUGCUGCUCUUUGAAUACAGUGAGAACUCACGUCGCUGGACUAAGACAGACUCUGUGGCCAGUGUGUGUGAUGCUGUUCACGACAUCACCUUUGCUCCCAAUCUGGGCCGCAGCUACCAUCUGCUGGCCGUCGCCACCAAGGACGUCCGGAUACUCAUGCUGAAACCUCGCCAGGAUGGACCAGGCAAUGGGCCUAGGUUUGAGAUUCAAGUAGCUGCCCAGUUUGAGGACCACUAUUGCACAGUAUGGAGAGUGUGUUGGAACAUAACUGGCACUAUACUGGCGUCUUCAGGCGACGAUGGUUGUGUCAGAUUGUGGAAAUGUAAUCAUAUGAACAGCUGGAAGUGUGUUAGUGUAUUGAAAGGCGACGGGACGCAAGCACAGAACGCUGAGUCAACUGCGACCUCCACGGUUGUUCCUCACUCCUCGUCUAACGCAAGGUAUUUCAAACUCGGCACUAUCAGUCACCCAAACCAGGUGCCGUGGCACUAAACUCACACUGUCACUUAUUUUUACUAUAUAUUUUAUUGGCAUUUAGAAUCACAUAAAAAAUACAUUUUGUAAACACAGGAAGUCUUUCCUUCGAGGUAGUACCAUUGGCUAUGGAUGAAAUUUGAUAGAUAUUUAAUUCCUAUGGUUGUAGCUAGUUUUAGGAAAGAAAUUAACACAGUAGAAUUGAGUCACCGACAGAGGAGAAAAGAAUUUAUUUAAAAAAAUUAAUUCAUCUGCCUUAAAAAAUAAGGCUGCCAAUGACACAGAAAAAAUUGUACACAUAAGAUAUUGAAGGAUUAUGCAGCUAUAAGACUGAUUAAUUUUGUUGUUUGCCAUAUAGAUGAUUUCUCAUUAUGGUCAAUGAACCUCUUAAUGUUUCAUGAAUAAUAAUUUUCAAAAAGGAUCUGUCCAAAUCAUAUUUGUUUCCAAAAGUUCACAAAAAUUUUUGAUAAUGUUCCUCUAGAACCAAUAAACAAUCCAAUCACCUCAAUUUUCAAAAUUUUAAAAUUUUGCUUGAAAUAUUCAAAGGUAGAAUCAUAAAUUUUUUAUUUUCUUCAUUUACUUCGUUAGGUUGGCUGUACUGAUGUUUAUUGUACUGACUAGUGUCAAAUAUGCCAAAUUUUGUAGUUAACAAAGCCUAACUGAAAGAACAACUUAUUAUUGUAAGCUAUAUCAUCAUCAUGUUCAAUGAACUAUCUCAGUAGCAACAAAAAAAAAAACAUUGGAAAUUAAAUUUUUUGUUUUAUCACACUCUUUAAGUAGCUCACUCAACUAUGUUUCUUUAAAAAAAAAAACAGGCUACAGCUGAUUGAUUGAUAAUGGAUGGGAAAACGUACCUCAAAGCAUUGACCAUGAAGUUGUAUUAAUAGUCAAAGCCUAAAGUCAAUAGUAUUUUAUGGAUACAAUACUCUUCAUUUCCAUCUAUGAGUCAUAUAAGUUCAUAUUCCCUAUGAUUUCACUUAUGUAAAAAAUAUUAGUUUUAGUUUAGAGCCAUCGACAUGCUUUUAAUUUAAUGUCAUUAAUCUUUAAAGUUAUUUUGUUUAAAUUGUUAAUAGCUCUUACCAUACCUAUGUAAACGUUAUUUACCAUUCAAAUGUGCAUUUACCAUUUUUACUUUCAACCUAUCACAAUUAAAAAUAAAAAAGUCAAUUGUUUUAAUCAUUUUUAAGUUGUGGACUUGUGUGCAAUUUAAAAUUAUAACUGUGACACAUUUUGAUUAAUAGGUAACUUUAAUUAAAAUUGUACAGCUUUGUUGAUGAAAUUUUAAAGUGAUAGUUAUAAAUAUUUUAUUUAGUAUAUCCUGAUAAAUCUACUAUUUUAUUUCAUAGGAACUUUUUUUACUGUUUUGGAUUGUCAUGCUCGUAAAUUAACUCACAAUACUUUAUUUCUUGAAACUUUUAAUUUUAUCUUGAAAGGCUAAUUUUAUAUAGUUAUGGCUUUUUAUUAAUCGUAGAUGUUUAUUGUAGGAUUUAAAUAAUACCUAAUCAUUGAUGUUAAUAUAUUAUUAUCAAAAUUAAUAAUUAAUUUUCAAUACUAUGUAUUUGCAUGGUUUUAUUUAGAAAUAUUAUGUAAACACUUUGUUAACGUCUUAGGUUAUAUUUAAAACAUGAUUACCAUAACUGGCUGUCUUGUUUUGUGAUUUGUCUGGACAAAUUACCUAUAGAAUUUUAACUCUUGAUUAAGAUUUAACCCUUCAGUAGUAAUGAGAUAGGCUACUAUAAAAUUUUUAGUAACAUUUUUUAGGUAGGCUAAAGAUUUUUAUCUAUUCUAAACUAUGAUCUGAAGUGAUAUAAAAUUCUUUAAUUGUUUUUAUGGAUACAGGUUAGAACAAUAUUGUGGAAAACUUUGGAUUUUAAUUUGUCAAUCGAGAGCUUUGUAGAUACUUGUAUACCUCGAAACAAGACUUUUUGUUUCCUUAUUUACCAUUUAACCUAGUCAUGAAAGUAUUCAUAAACUGGAUGAAGUUUGGUUGGUAUUUUAUGUGUCAGGAAAGUGUAAGGCAUCAAACUUAACCCUUUGAGCUCCAGAAUAGUAACCAACUAUCUAUAUUAGUAAAACUCAACAAAAACUUCAGCAUAUCCGCUGUGUUGUAAGCCAGGAUUGCUAGAAGAGGUAAAGAACAAUUCUUUGUGGGUCGGACCUCAAAUCAAACUGUUGCUACAGUCAUAAGACGGGACAUGAUUAGUAGCCAUAGAUUAAUCACUGAUUCAUGGAGUAACUGAUUAAGGGUAUCAUGGAGUUCAAAGGGUUAACGUAAUUAUUUAUUAUAGUAAAAUGUUCACCAUUUUGUCCAAACCUUAUAAUUUUACAAUGCAAGUUUACUAACAGUUUUGUACUAUUCAGAAUCACUGCCAUUCACAAACAUUUUCUAUGAGUUUAUAAAUAGUACGAUAGUGUGUAUUACAAUUUGAUAGAAUAUUUGACUUAUAUUUGUAUUAUGUUUAAAUUUCAAUACAGUAGAUUGACUUAGUGUUUUAAUUUGAGUAUGUUAAUUAAUUAAUAAAUGAUUUUUUUCUCAUC